AUGUGCGUAGACUCCAGUUCUAGCAACAAUGGAAAAGAAGUUGCUAGCGGCAUCACCAGUCAAUUGCAUCCGUCCAUGAGUUUUCUAUCGCCCAACUGCCGUCCUUGGCGAUUCAGAUCGCCUUGCUAUUUGCGUUGUUCUCUCAUCUCGUUGGCGUUGUCCGCUUGUCUCGUUGGCGUUGUCCGCCUCCGCAGUCGGCGUGUGUCGUGGGCCACAAGAAGGGCUCAAUUCCCGCAUCGAGGGCGUCGCUAUCUCAGUCGACUCCUUGUUGAAGACCGAUCAAUCAACCAGCCUCGCCGAAAGAUCACUGGUCUGUCCGUCAAUCAUCGUCUCUUCAACCCAGCUGGCGGCGCUACCAUUCAGGGGUAA